UUCAAAUUCACUAUUAGAAACUGUGGACAUGCUAGAAAAAACCCUAGAUUGGUCAUCAGGAUAGCCAGAGUUCCAGGAUUUUGGAUCCCAGACCAACUUUGUGUGACCUCAGGCAGUUUGUGUCUGGCACUCUUGUCUAUUUCAGGCCCUGCCUCCAAAGCUGGAGAUGAGUUAAGCUUGGUCCUGGCCACUACCCUGGGGAUUUACAGUCUGGUGAAGUGAUUCUCACACUCCACUGUUCACCCAAAUCCCCUGGAGGGCUCAUCAGAACACAGACCGCUGGGCUUCACCCUGGAGUGCCUGAUUCAGUAGGUCUGGGAUGGGCAGAGAAUGUGCAUUUCUAACAAGUUUCCAGAUGCUGCUGAUGUAGCUGGUUUGAGGACUACAGUUUGAGAACCAUUGACCCUAAUGGCUUAGCUGACACAUCAGUAACCACAAUUCAAAGACUAAAAGCUGUGAAAUAAGUACAAGUAACACACAGUGGGAAGCAGGGUGUGCAGGAGAGAUGUUGCAACAACUGAGAAGACUUCACGGAAGAGACAAAAUUUAAGCAGGGUCUCAAAGAGUGGAUUAAGCCUUGACAGCCCCAUUGCUUUGACCGUCUGAAGUUAACAUGUCCCUGAAAAAUGAGCCAAGGGUAAAUACCUCUGCACUGCAGAAAAUCGCUGCCGACAUGAGCAAUUUGAUAGAAAAUCUGGACACGAGGGAACUCCACUUCGAGGGAGAGGAGGUGGAAUACGAUGUGUCUCCCAUGGAUCCCAGGACUCAGGAAGGAUAUAUCCCUUUCUCUGCUAUCUAUAACACUCAAGGCUUUAAGGAGCCUAAUAUACAGACGUAUCUCUCCGGCUGUCCAAUAAAAGCACAAGUUCUGGAGGUGGAGCGCUUCACGUCUACGACAAGGGUGCCAAGUAUCAAUCUAUACACUAUUGAAUUAACACAUGGGGAAUUUAAAUGGCAAGUUAAGAGGAAAUUCAAGCACUUUCAAGAAUUUCACAGAGAGCUGCUGAAGUAUAAAGCCUUUAUCCGAAUUCCCAUUCCUACCAGAAGACACACGUUUAGAAGACAGAACGUCAGAGGGGAGGAGCCUCGAGAGAUGCCGAGUUUGCCCCGUUCAUCUGGAAACAUGAUUCGAGAAGAACAGUUCUUUGGUAGGAGGAAACAACUAGAGGAUUACCUGACAAAGAUACUAAAAAUGCCCAUGUAUAGAAAUUAUCAUGCCACAACAGAAUUCCUUGACAUAAGCCAGCUGUCUUUCAUCCGCGAUUUGGGACCAAAGGGCCUAGAAGGUAUGAUCAUGAAGCGAUCUGGGGGACACAGAAUACCGGGUUUGAAUUGCUGUGGUCAGGGAAGAGCCUGCUACCGAUGGUCAAAAAGGUGGUUAAUAGUGAAAGACUCCUUCCUGCUGUAUAUGAAGCCAGACAGCGGAGCUAUUGCCUUCGUCCUGCUGGUAGAUAAAGAAUUCAGAAUCAAGGUGGGGAAGAAAGAGACGGAAACAAAAUAUGGACUUCGAAUUGAUAAUCUUUCAAGGACGCUUAUUUUAAAAUGCAACAGCUACAGACAUGCUCGGUGGUGGGGAGGAGCUAUAGAAGAAUUCAUCCAGAAACAUGGCACCAACUUUCUCAAAGAUCACCGAUUUGGGUCAUAUGCUGCCGUCCAGGACAACACUUUAGCUAAAUGGUAUGUUAAUGCCAAAGGAUAUUUUGAAGAUGUGGCAAAUGCAAUGGAAGAGGCGAAAGAAGAAAUUUUUAUCACAGAUUGGUGGUUGAGUCCAGAAAUCUUCCUGAAACGCCCAGUGGUGGAAGGAAAUCGUUGGAGGUUGGACUGCAUUCUUAAACGAAAAGCACAACAGGGUGUGCGGAUCUUCAUAAUGCUCUACAAAGAAGUGGAGCUGGCCCUGGGGAUCAACAGUGAGUACACCAAGAGGACUUUAAUGCGGCUGCACCCUAACAUAAAGGUGAUGAGGCACCCGGAUCACGUGUCCUCCAGUGUCUAUCUGUGGGCUCAUCAUGAGAAGCUUGUCAUCAUCGACCAAUCGGUAGCCUUUGUGGGUGGGAUUGACCUGGCCUAUGGAAGGUGGGAUGAUAAUGAGCACAGACUCACAGAUGUGGGCAGCGUGAAGCGAAUCACUUCAGGACAAUCUCUUGGUUCUCUCACGGCUGCAACAACAGAGUCUAUGGAAUCUUUAAGCCUCAAAAAUAAAAAUGAAUCUAAUAAAAAUUUGCCCAUCCUGAAGAAUGUUGAUGAUAUGGAUUCAAAACUCAAAGGAAUAGGAAAGCCAAGAAAGUUCUCCAAAUUUAGCCUCUACCGGCAGCUCCACAAGCAUCAGCUGCACAACGUGGACAGCGUCAGCAGCAUUGACAGCGCCUCCAGUUAUCUUAAUUACUAUAGAAGUCAUCAGAAUUUAAUCCAUGGUUUAAAACCCCACUUGAAACUCUUUCGCCCUUCGUGUGGGUCUGAGCAGGGGCUCACUGGGCCCAGCGAUGACACUGGCUCCAUCCGCAGUUUGCAGACAGGCGUGGGAGAGCUCCACGGGGAAACCAGAUUCUGGCACGGGAAGGACUACUGCAAUUUUGUCUUCAAAGACUGGGUUCAACUUGAUAAGCCUUUUGCUGAUUUCAUUGACAGGUACUCCACUCCCCGGAUGCCCUGGCAUGAUAUCGCCUCUGCAGUCCACGGGAAGGCUGCUCGUGAUGUGGCACGUCACUUCAUCCAGCGCUGGAACUUCACGAAGAUUAUGAAACCAAAGUAUCGGUCUCUUUCUUAUCCCUUCCUGCUUCCAAAGUCUCAAACCACAGCCCAUGAGCUGAGAUAUCAGGUGCCUGGGGCCGUCCAUGCUGGUGUGCAGUUGCUCCGCUCUGCUGCUGAUUGGUCUGCUGGCAUAAAGUACCAUGAAGAGUCCAUCCAUGCUGCUUACAUCUAUGUGAUAGAGAACAGCAAGCACUAUAUCUACAUUGAAAACCAAUUUUUCAUAAGCUGUGCUGAUGACAAAGUAGUAUUCAACAAAAUAGGCGAUGCAAUCGCCCAGCGGAUCCUGAAAGCGCACAGGGAAGGCCAGAGAUACCGAGUGUAUGUGGUGAUACCUCUUCUGCCAGGGUUUGAAGGAGACAUUUCAACGGGUGGAGGAAAUGCUCUUCAGGCAAUAAUGCACUUCAACUACAGAACCAUGUGCAGAGGAGAAAAUUCCAUCCUUGGACAGUUAAAAACAGAGCUUGGUAAUCAGUGGAUAAAUUAUAUUUCAUUCUGUGGUCUUAGAACACAUGCAGAGCUUGAAGGAAACCUGGUCACUGAGCUUAUCUAUGUCCACAGCAAGUUGUUAAUUGCUGAUGAUAACACUGUUAUUAUUGGCUCCGCCAACAUAAACGACAGAAGCAUGCUGGGGAAGCGUGACAGUGAAAUGGCUGUCAUUGUGCAGGACACAGAGACGGUCCCUUCGGUAAUGGACGGAAAGGAGUACCAAGCUGGCCGGUUCGCCCAAGGACUUCGGCUCCAGUGCUUCAGGGUUGUCCUUGGCUAUCUUUCUGACCCAAGCGAGGAUAUUCAGGAUCCAGUGAGUGACAAGUUCUUCAAGGAGGUGUGGGUUUCAACGGCAGCUCGAAAUGCUACAAUUUAUGAUAAGGUGUUCCGGUGCCUUCCCAAUGAUGAAGUACACAAUUUAAUUCAGCUGAGAGACUUUAUAACCAAGCCCAUAUUAGCAAAGGAAGAUCCCAUUCGAGCUGAGGAAGAACUGAAGAAGAUCCGUGGGUUCUUGGUGCAGUUCCCCUUCUAUUUCUUGUCUGAAGAGAGCCUACUGCCGUCUGUUGGAACCAAAGAAGCCAUAGUGCCCAUGGAGGUGUGGACUUAAGAGAUGUACUCAUUUGCAGCCAAGGACUUCCACCCUGAAAACCACACUGCAUACAGUGACUUCAUGGGGACCUCACAGCCACACCCAGGCCUGAUGCACUUUUGUGUGCAACACGUGGACCCUUUGGAAUGGCCGUGAGGGGCCACGAUCGAACUGAUGUAAGGACACUGAACAUCAGCAAGGCUUUGUCGGUCCUCCUGUCCAUCCUCAUGAGCUGAGGCUACUCGCAUGCACUCGACAACUUAAAACACAUACGGGAAUUCCAUGAUGUAUACCCCAAUCCAUUUCCUUUGCUAACAAGAAUUUACCUGUAACCGUAACUGUAACUGUGAUGAAGUUUGCCAUAUAUUUGCCCUUUUCUCUCUGAUCUUCCUUUGUAUAUAUCCAGUAUCUGUGGGACCUACCCUCAUCUUGUAGUCUAUACAGCACUGUUUGAGAUAUCGUUUAUUGCUAGAAGGUAUUAGGGAGCUGUUUCAAAAUUCUUCGAGGUUAUAUGGGAUACCCUUGCCCAUCUGGUCCUGAAGUAGUAGCAUCCAACCCAGGAUACAGUCAUUAUUCCUUUUCGGUCACUGUAGGGACAGAACAGACUUCAGUCUACAUAGCAGCCUGUGUCAUUGAUAGCAUUGACAAUAUAUCUCGACAUCGCAGAACAACAGGAAGGAAUUAAAUUCCAAUAUUGGAGGAGAGAUUUAACUUGGCUCCCAAAGACACCGCAAAGAUGUGUCCUUGUGAUAGAACCCACCUGAUCAAAUUUGAAAACGUGUAGGAUAUUCGAUUACACAGCAACCAGAUAAAAGAGCACACAGCCUUCAGAACCUCCAAGAUGUCAGCGGGAAUCGGAUCCAGAUAAGAAAAGAAGAUCCCCUUAAAGUCCUGUAAAAAAAUUUCCUGUCAUCUUUAGCCACUGGAUUGAUUGAAAUUUGAAUUUCUCUGUUUCAUAAUUAAACCAGUGAAUGCAAUUUGUCUUUCAAGAGAAUCACAGGCUUCAUAACUCCUACCAAGUUAAUAAGUAGGAAGCUAACCUUAUUUGACAUUAAACUCUCCCAGUAUGCUAUCUUCCUUAAGAAAAAAAAAAUAAUUGAUGAUAAAAUAUGUGCUUCGUUGCUUGCAUUAUUAAAUGUACAUUAACAUUCCACCAGGUCUUCUGAAAAAGUUAUGAUACUUUCUAAUUCACAUUGUCCUAGUCUGUGAAUUGUUCUGGAAACCCAUGUCCCCUUUCAGAUGGCAUUGUACCCUUUGGUAGACCAAAGCUCUAAUUUUUCUAGGCAGAACUACUCUGACAGCCCCAAGAGCUAAGGUAGGUUCCCAAGAGGCCUGUGGCCAUGGAACAUGGUAUAGGUGCGGCCGUUACAUACAUCAGUGGGUUGCCAGGACAGAACCUCCUUUGGGUUGCUCUUCAAACUAAGCACCCAAUUCCUGUUUUCGUGAGCUAAUAUUCCAGUCAAAAAUAUUACACUAGGACCACAAAGUCAGUGAUAUAGCUUAGUAGGAGAGAGAGAGGGUCACACCCAAGAUAGGAUUUCACAGCUAGAGAUCAUUUCCCAAGUAAGGUGGGAUUUUGUGACCAACAAUGGAAUUAAAUGUUUUUAUGAAUAAAUAACUUAUUUUUCAUAGCAAAAGAUGGUAAAAGGACUUCAUUCUAUAGCCAUUGUAAAUAAGACAUCUUAUAUUGCUGGAAGAAGUUAGAUUGGCAUUCGAAGUAUUGAGUGUAUGUAGAAUACCUAAGAAUUUCUUGUAUUUAAUCUUAAAUAUUUUUUAAACUUUAGAACAGUCAACAAACUGGCUCUUGAUUUUGUACAAGAUGUUCUCAUAAAACCAUAGAAAAUGGAAGGGCUCUGAAAGGUCCGUUUUCCUUAAUAAGCCAUUUAAUUCAAAUGCUCCCUAUUUUCUAGAUGAGGAAACUGAGGUUCAGACUGAAUGAAGGACUGGCUUAAACCCACCCAAUAUAUACAUGGUGGAACUACAUUCUAUUCUUGGCCUCUCUUCACUUCAUCCAAUACCCAAAAAUAACAAUAUAUAAUAAAUAGCUUUCAGAUGGUAUAGAUUUAAGCUAUUUUGAACGUUGUAACAUUACGUAUUCAUGUGUUUAUCUUCACCUACUAGAUUGGAAGCUCCACAGGGCAGGGACUUCACUGUAUGUUGAUCAUAGUGUGUUCCCAGAGUCUGGACAGUGCCUGGCUUAUAGAAGAUGUUAGUCAAUGUUUGUGGAUUGAAAAAAAAAAUGAGGUAAAGGAGAAACCUAUGAGAUGAAGAAAAUUACUGCAUCUUGGGCAAGAAAUCACUGCUGGUUUCUGUGCAUCUACUCAAAGCCAAGAUGCAGAUCUGGGAAGAGGCAACAAGAUUUCCAUGGAGGGAUCAUAUGGAAAAUUCAGUGCAAUAAUUGCCUCUUUUGCAGUAGCCGUUUACAUAGUGCAACAUUCUACCAAGAAUACAUGGAAUGUGGGCAUGAGAUGUACUGUAUGAACUAAUUACCUGUCAUUCUCUGACACCAUAACUAAUUGCUAGAAGUUCAGAUAAUUUAACAUUGCAAUGUCUGAUAAAAACUUUAAAGUGUAAAUAAUUUAAAGCCUUGAAAAGCUAUGAUGAUUCUGUUCAACAUUUCAAAUUGACUGUACUCUUUUGAAAUGCCUAUAAAUGCCAUACCUGACACUCUGCUAA